UUACAGCUUUAAAAGGCUGGGUGACUCCCUCGUUAGGCGCACUUCAACAAACACUCUCAGCCCACUUCCCCUCUCACUUCGACCAAAGCGUAUGGAAAUGGAGGACCAAAUGGAAAGCCAGAAGAGGAGAGGAGUGCAAAGCAAAGAAGAUUUAAUAUCUGAACGGACAGGGUCGCUGGGAUGCAUCGGUUGGUUCAUAGUCAUCAUGUCGGGCCUCUUCACUGCUCUCCUCUUCCCCAUCACAAUCUGGUUUUGUGUGAAGAUCGUUCAGGAGUACGAGCGCGCCGUCAUCUUCAGACUGGGUCGCAUCACAGACAGGAAGGCCAAAGGACCAGGCAUUUUCUUUGUUUUGCCGUGCACCGACAACUGCGUAAAAGUCGACCUGCGAACAGUUUCCUUUGACAUCCCGCCACAAGAGAUCCUGACCAAGGACUCGGUUACGGUCAGCGUGGACGGAGUGGUGUACUUCCGCGUCAGCAACCCCAUCGCCUCCGUGGCCAAUGUGUCUAAUGCGGAUUUCUCCACCCGACUGCUCGCCCAAACCACCCUCAGAAAUGUCCUGGGGACCAAGAACCUGGCUGAGCUCCUGUCUGACCGUGAGGGCAUCGCUCACAGCAUGCAGUCCAACCUGGAUGAGGCCACAGACGACUGGGGCAUCAAGGUCGAGCGUGUGGAGAUUAAAGAUGUGAAGCUGCCGCAUCAGCUGCAGAGAGCCAUGGCUGCUGAAGCAGAGGCUGCGAGGGAGGCCAGAGCCAAGGUUAUUGCGGCAGAGGGUGAGAUGAACGCCUCCCGCGCGCUGAAGGAGGCGUCCCUCGUGAUCGCAGAGUCUCCCUCAGCCCUGCAGCUUCGCUACCUGCAGACCCUCAACACCAUCGCAGCGGAGAAGAACUCCACCAUCAUCUUCCCCCUGCCCAUUGAUGUCAUGAGCCACUUCAUGAGGAAGUGAUGGAUCGGGGACGCUCAAGUUCGCUCAUCCUCCGAAGUUAUAUGAAACGGAGGCGGCCGUGCAAGAUGAUGCUUGAUUGUUGUAUGACUGACAUUCUAUUUUUUUUUUUUUUAGACUGAUCACAGAAACACCUUUUUGGUGUACGUAGUCAAGCUGUGAUCGACUCCAGGCCUGCUAACGGGGUUGGGGUACAUUUCCGUGGCGCCUCGGGAAAUAAACAGCCAUGUCCAAGAUAAUGCUUGAUUAGCCAGGCCUGCUGAUGGAUGAAAUUACAAGUGGUUCUCAGAGUUUACAAGAUUAUAUGUUGCUACAAUUAUGUAAUAGAUAUCGUGUCAUCCAUACUAUAUGAUAUAAUGUUGAUCGGCUCAUACUUUGAUACAAUAAAUGUGAAAAUAUUUUAAAAUGUGGAAUUGCUUAAGUUUUCAUUAAAAAAAAAGAGAGACUG